CAAUAAGUUAGUGUUAUUUGUUAACUAGAAAGUCCGGAAUGUCGUCGAGUGUUAUGUCCCGGCUACUCGUGCUUUCAUCCGUCGGAAUAGGUGGCUAUCUGACCGGAUCGUACCUCGAGCGCCGGAAAACCGUGCCCACCAGCGAUUAUGUAAACACCGGCACACUGGGGGACUUUUGUCCCAAACCCGCGUUACCGAUUUUUGGAACCGUUUCAGCGGCUUCCAUCAUUCCCGCCUCUAGUCAACCACCAGCCACGGUCAAUGUUAGCCGUGUGGGGCAAAUAAUGAAGUACGGUUUCCCCGGGUUGGACAACGUACGAUCCUUUGACGAUUAUGUGCUCUCGUACGACCGAAGGACACGCGUGGCGCAUUGGGUAUUUGAGCACAUGACGCCGGACACGGUUAAACACAAUGACGCUGUCGAUCGUGCCAAGUGCGAUUUUAAGCCGGACGAAAGUGUCCAUCCGUUCUUUCGCUCGCUCAACAGCGACUACAAAGGGUCCGGGUUCGAUCGGGGUCACAUGGCAGCCGCUGGCAACCACCGGACGGAACAGAAACACUGUGACCAAACGUUCUUCCUUACGAAUAUGGCUCCACAGGUUGGCGUUGGAUUCAAUCGCGACAAAUGGAAUCACCUCGAACGGUACGUGAGAAAACUUACGAAAGAAUACCCCAACGUUUACUGCUGCACGGGGCCACUCUAUCUGCCACGUAAAGAGGACGAUGGCAAACUGUACGUUAAAUAUCAAGUAAUCGGAGCGAAUAAUGUUGCGGUUCCGACGCAUUUUUACAAAGUUAUUGUAAUGGAAAUGAGCGACGGACGGCUUGAAAUGGAAUCAUACGUACUGCCAAACCAAAAAAUCGACGAUAAGACACCGCUGACGAUGUUCCAAGUACCACCGGAAACGGUAGAACGAGCCGCGGGGUUGCUGUUUUUCGAUAAAAUAGCCCGAAAUAAGUUGACGAAAAUCAAUGGGAAAAAAGUAUGAAUCUAGUUGACUGGUAAUAAAAUCUAAAGUGUA